UUGGCAAUGAGAGCUUUUUGUAGGCCAUCAUUUAGGACUGAACUAUCCGAUAAUCAUUUCCACUGACAAGGGACUGGAUUACUCUUUAUUUAUAGAUUUUAGAUGUUGUCUUGGCUUUCCAUGCCUUUUUGCACCUCCCUUUCUUCAUGUGUUCAAUGCUUUUUCCCUUUGUCAUUUCACAUUAUUACACACACCUUAAAUUCUGAUCUUAUUUGUUCUACUUUCUUUGUAUGUAUGGAUGGAACUAGGGUUGUUAUCAUCUGGUGAAAAUUUUACAUCAAUGGCACAUUUAGAAAUAUAUUCAGUUAAACAAAGGGUGAUGUUAAAUACUUAUUUGCAUCGCUGUAUGUGCAUGAAUGAGAGUGGUGUAGUACUUUAUAUAUGUGUGGUCAACACUCCAGCGUGACGGUGAGUGUGGUAAGUAAGAGAUGCAACCGGUCCAAGCAGGUUAGAAUAGUUGGAGGAAGUUGUGGUAUGUUUUGUGACACAAUAGUCGAUGCUAGGAUUAAGGACAAAGUUUAUGACAGUGGUGAGACCAGCCAUGAUGUACGGACUAGAGACAGUGGCAGCGAAGAGACAACAGGAAGCAGACCUAAGGGGUAGAAAUCAACUCAUCAAAGGGACUGCCGAUGUGAGAUGUUUUGGAGACAAACAAAGCAAAUUUAGAUGGUUUGGCCACAUCCAGAGGAGCGAUAGUGAGUACUGUACAUUGGUAGGAUGGAACUACAAGGCAAGAGAGCGAGAGUAAGACCAAAGAGAUUGAAGAAUGUGAGGGAAGACAUGAGGCUGUUAGUGUUUGAGAGAUAGGUUGACAUGGAAAAGACAUGCUUUGGUGACUCUGAAAAGGACAAGCCUAAAGAAAAUGAAAAGAUAUUGUUGCACAAAAUUUGCAACGUCAUCAGCGCAAAUCCCUGGUAUUGACUGACUAUAUAAAGCAUUUUUGUAAAUAAGUCAUAAUUCCUCUUUGGAACGGAAUGAUUGGGCUUUCGCUCAUUUUGGGGUCAGCUUGCUCCAGCAGCUGUACUAUGGGGAGCUAUCGUAUGCGAGCAAGCCUAUAACUAAGCAGUAGGUGGCGUUGUGGCGAGGUACACAAAGAAAAUCAGUAAGUACAGAAAAAACACUUCCGGGUCGCAGGCGCUGUACUAAUUUAAACGUCUAAAAUAAUGUGGUUUAGUUUCCAUUUGUAAGAUUUAUUAAACUAAAUAUUGAAAGUUAAAGGUUUUUUUUUUAAGUUUUAAAUGAGUCGAGAAACCUUUGACACGAGACGAACUUAACAGCAAGCAAGCGGAUUUUGCGGCACCGACAUAAGGUUUUUGGCUUCUCGCAGCAUGCGGGCUAAACAAACAAUGUUGUGUCAUCUUGCUCAACUUUUCUCCCACUAAACACGACCUUUUAAAAUAUAUUGUCAUUGUAACUGCAUGGUUAGUUGCGUUAUUUGUCAGAUUAUGCCCUCUAACUUGACAGUUUCGACAUUUUACCAGCUCGUUCCUCAUCAUGUUCAGCCACUUUGUAAAAAGCGCCCUGCCAAGGUGUGAGUUUACUUUUACGUACACUGCUUGGCAACAUACAAGAGGAUGGUGCGGUGCAUCAACGAAUUUGGAUCAGGCCAGGACUUUGUUGCAACUCAUUGUGGACCGAGGUUUCAUCUCACCUGGGCACGCCAAUGUGGAGCUGUUUAAACGUGGUACCACUUGCAGCUACGGGCCACUUGGCAGCGAGUUAAGAGAGAAUGUGCUUCACCAAUGGUGGCGUUCAAUGACUGGAUCCAGACAACAGGUUUUUGAGAUAAACACGCCGAGCAGCAGCGGGAGUCCGGAUAUAGUUGCGGGACGGUGGGGACACCUCAGAAUUGUAGAACCCGAUGACGUCCGAAAUGUACUGAACGAGACAGAGCUGAGCAGGGAGCAGCUUGUCCACAGCGUCCGCAUGUUUCUGCAAAGAUCACCUUUGCUUAGAACCAACCUCAUUCAAGGAGCUUUGGAGCAGUUUGUCCCCUUAUUUGAAUUGGUGAACAGGAAACUCCCAUUUGGCAUUGCUGAGACUGGUAGAUGUUUCCAGCCCUCACAGGAUGGCUCGGCUGGUGAGGGUUCAUCGAUAAACACACAUUCCAUUUGUGUCUUUCCAGAGGGCCAGACUUGUCAGACGUUAAAUGGUGAAUGUCUUGCUCCAGUUUACACUGAAAAGACAGAAGUCACACAUGGAUCUCUGGUCUGGUUCUGCUCUCCACGGACUUCCUCGCAGUGGUUGGACCACUGGGCUCGACAGAGGCUCAAGUGGUGGAGAAAGGAUGAAUUAGAGGAAGUGGCAUCCCGUGGUGUGAAGAUCUACUACAAAUUCCCAUGGGGUCAGGAGGCCCUGGAGGUUCUGUCGAGCCGAGGAGACUGCGAACUGCUGCAGAUGCACAAAGGAGUCCGCUCUAAAUUUCAGAGUCGAGAUGGUCAGAAGUCUGUUGCUCACAUAGUUUCAAUAACCGGGAACAUUGAUCGUGGUUUGUUGGCCUUUCUGUCCAACUCGCUGCAGCUGCACAACAGAGAAGACAUCAAACAGAAGCUACAUCAAAGAAAGGUUCUGAAAUUGCAUCCAUUGUUGGCUCCGGUCAAAGUGGCUCUAGGUAUUGGCAGGGGAGCUACAAUGGAGCUAAGGCAGGUUUGUGAAGGCCUCUGGCAGGAGUUAAAGGAAGCCAAAAUCUCUGCUUGGCCUGGAUAUCUUGAAACAUCACCUGUGCCAAUGGAGCAGCUGAACUCCAAGUAUGAUGAAAUGGGUGUGCUUUUCACCGCAGUGAUCAGUGAGAACACUUUGGAGAGCGGCCUCCUGCAAGUCCGCAGCAGAGAUACCACUAUCAAAGAGACCAUGCACAUCUCGGAACUGAACAACUUCCUCAGCAGAUAUAUUUCUGCUGCAGACAACAUGUAAAUUAUCUAGCUGCGUCCUGAUUUCAUCCUGUACUUUUGUAUUGUUGUACAUACAAACUAAUUGACAAUACCCCCCACUUACCCCAUUUAAUAUGAACAUGUCAGUAAAAGGAUCAUAGCAGAAUCAAUGUUUUCAAACACAUUUUGUCAUUCAAGCCAUUCUGAAUAUACAAUUAAUGUACAGAAUUUACAAUAUCAUCCCAGAUCUAAUACAAGGGGUUUACGACGCUGUUUCAAGGUUACAAAUGGUUUGCGAUUACCUGGUUUUGUCACAAGUCAUAAGAAGGUACCCUCAGACACUACUAUAGUUACUGUUUAGUGUUUCAUAUUCUGGCCAUGAGGUGUUUUCCUUCCAAAUAAAGAAUUUAAUGUAAUUUUGACUUCAUUAAAUGCUUUAGCGUCAGUUUGUGAUCAACUAUGGCAGAAGUGCUAAAUUGAAGGCCCAGCCAUUUAAUGUGACAGCAAAAGUAAACGACGACCAUCAUUUUUCAUGCUCAAACACUAACAUUGAAAUUGUCUUCACUUUUUGAAAAAAUGAGAUUUUGCAAGCAUUUUUUGUGAUCAAUACUUUUAAAAUUAGUUAUUGGCUUCUCGUAUCAAAACUUCCCCAAUGUGGCCCAUGGCAAAAAUGACUUUGAUACCCCUGGUGGAUGGCAUCCAAUGUACAGAUUAGGAAAUAGGAAGCAAACUAAUUCUUCACGGCUCAUGAAAGUCCUCGGAUCGACUUGCCAAAAGAGUCACUACGUUUGCAUGUUCUUCUUGUGCCUGCGUGAGUUUUCUCAGGGCACCACAGAAGCUGGAACCACUAACACAGGGACAAGAGAAGCAAAAUCCCCACUCCAUGCAUGUGAACUCUCACCAUGCAAACCUAUCUAAAAUGUAUGAAAAAAGAAAAAAUUAAAAAAGAUACCAAAAAUAAUGAUUAUAGCUAAAUUAAUAAUCUGAUAACAACAUUGACAAAGAAUGCAGAAGUCAAAAGUCUAUUUUCACACUUGGGAAAUAUUCUUGGUAUUUGUCAGUGGGCACCCUACCCAGCAAAGGAAUCAAGAGUCUAAAUUUAUCAUAUUGAGGAAAGGUGACCAGUUGUCUAUGAAUAUAUGUUAAAAAAAAAAAAAAACAUUUAAAAUUGCGGUGAUACUUUUUGUAACUCAAUAUAUUCUGUGAUGAGCCUUAGCCACUGAUUAAUAUCAAUGGCUUCUUUUUCCAAUUUAAUGGAAUUGUUUUCUUAGCAAGAGUUAACACAACAAGCAAUGUACAUGUUUAUUAGAAAGGUUAUUUAAUCCUAAAUUGCCAGGCAUGUAUAAUCUAGUUGUAAGUGGUCCUUAAAUUCGAAAUAUGAGAUUUUGUGUAACUGAUUAUAUAUAUAGCAUGAGCAUAUAGCAUGAAAAUAGGUAUCUGGGGUAUCUUGGGUGUAUUGCACACAUAUUUUAUGGAAAGAAGCCCAUUUUAUGCAUAAGAGUAAAAUGUACUCAAUGGAGUAGAUUUUAUAUUCUGUUAUCAUGUUAAAUGUAUUGUUACAUAUGUGUAUCCAGUACUUACAGUGCCAAGAAAAAGUAUU